AUGGUUGAGGCAGAAGAGGCAGUGAAGAGAAACCUGAGUGUAAAAACUGUGAAGCUGCAGGGCGUCACAGCUGGAUCUCCAGAUCUGGAGCAGGUAAAGGAAAUACUCAACAAAGCCAAGAACGUGGUAAACUCUAGAGAAAUCAGAGUGGAUUUCCACUUCAUCCCAGUGGGAACCACAAUGAUGGAAGUUCAACUGGUGGGCUACAGUGAAAAUGUGAACCAGCUGGAGAAGGUUCUUUGUGACUACCAGACGAACCAGGCCCCCACACAAGACAGUCUGAACUUCCCACAUCCUGAACUGGUUGACUGUUUGGAUGAAGACUUAGUCCUGAUUGGCUUGAAACACCUAAAAGUGACGCUAAAAACCUCAACUACCCCAAAUCCUUGUGUGUUACCUUCUGAUAACCGUUGUCACAUGGAUGAGGUGAAGCAGGCCCUGAUCCCUGCUCUGUCCGACACACUAGUUCUAGACGGACCAGGGGCUCGGCAGUACUUCCAGGCAGAUGGAAAAAUAAGCAAAGAGCUCAUAGAGAACUCCUGUGAGGUGCUUAUCAAGGAACAUCCAGGUGUGAACUCUGAUGAAAGAUCCUGCCUCACCCCCGUCGAGAACAUUGCAGCCAACCAAGCAAACCUGCAGAUUAAGUUUGGCUCAUUGGAGGAUCAACAGCUGAAUUCACCUGAAGUGGGAAAGAAUCUGGUGACUACCAAUGACAUCACUCUGAUGGUCGUACCUGGGGUCAGACUACACGUGGUGUUCGGUGACAUCACUCAUGAGACUACAGACGCAAUUGUGAACUCGACCAACUUCGAACAUCUCGAUUAUGGUGUUUGCAAAGCCAUUCUAACUGCAGCUGGAAGAGCGGUGAAGGCCAAAGUGAAAGCGGCAAAAGUGACCAGAGGAUCAUUUUUCAAAACAAAGGGAGGAUCUUUACCUUGCAAAGCCAUAUUACAUGUGUGUGGACUAAAAGACGCAGGCCUCAUUGAGAGUCUGGUGCAUGACCUGAUUCUACAUUGUGAGUCCUCUGGAUACAGGUCCAUCGCCAUUCCUGCCAUCUGUGCCGGACGUGGUGGGAUGGACGCUGGUGUCGUAGCACAGGCCAUUCUCCGAGGGGUUAAAACUGCUGCAUCCUCCACUCCCUUACGCUGCGUCACUGACAUCCGACUCAUCCUGAUUGACAACAUAGUCUUCUUGCUCUUCAAAGAGGAGGCGUUGAAGGUGUUUUCCACUGAUGUGGUCGACAGAGUGUCACUGCCUCAUGAAAAACCAAAUCCACAAAGGUUUGGGAACGAAAACCCCAGUAUCCUCAGUACCAGCUUUGAGACUCAGAAGUCUGUCUUCUUGAUCCAGGGCCUUUGUGGUAAGAACAUCUCAGAUGCCAAGAUGCAGCUGAAGCAACUGUAUCAGGAUCAGUGCUUGACUCAUACCUUCACGGCCGAGGAGGUGGGAAGCCUCUCAGAGGAUGAUAUCAUGUGUCUGCAGCAGCUGGUGGAUAAGGAGGGUCUAGAGAUUCAGUCUGUCCAGGGCAACAUGACUGUGAGCGGGUUAAAAGAUGGGGUGAACAGUGUGAUGCAGAGGAUUAAAGAAUCUGAGUGCAGCAACCUCAGGAGGAAGGUAAUAGUUACGGAGGAGGAGGCUUUGCAUAGUCUUGUGGCCUGGUGCAUCAUGGGAAGAAGUGGCAACUGGGAGAGACUUCCAAAAACAGCCAAUCACAGACUGGAACAGAAAAACCUAGAGGGAGGCAUAAUGGAUGAACAGAGCAACCAGUGGACCGUGGAUCUACAGAGGAUGGAGGCCACAGGACAAGUUACUCGAGAGAUAAGAAAAAUAAAGCGACUUGAGAAUCGGCUGGACUUCACUCUCCCUCUGUACUGGGACAACAUGGCUGCUGGGGAGAAUAUGAAGGUGGUUACCCUGCAGGAGUCGUCUCCAGAGUACCGAUCAGUGGAGCAGGCCUUCAGACGAUCUGUUCCCGAGGGCAGGAUAAAGAUCAAGCGUAUACAGAAUGUCCACCUGCGUCUGUCCUAUGAAGCGCUGAAGAAAUGCAUUUCAGAUAAGAAUGCACAAAUGCGAACCAAGGUGGAAAAGGUUCUGUACCACGGGACGACCAAGGACAACUGUGAUGCCAUCAAGAAAGCAGGCUUCAACCGGAGACUUGCUGGACAAAACGCAACUCAGUUUGGUGAAGGAACCUACUUUGCCGUAAAUGCCAGCUACUCAGCCCAGCCCAAAUACGCCAAGCCAGCAAUCGAUGGCUCACGGCGACUUAUCGUGGCUCAAGUACUGACCGGCAUCUACACUGUUGGCAAAAGUGACAUGAAGAUGCCUCCUCCUCGUGACCGCCUGCUGCCACCUGACCGCUAUGACAGCUUGGUGGAUAGAAUGAAAAACCCCAGCAUGCACGUUGUGUUCCAUGACAACCAAGCUUACCCAGACUACCUCAUCACCAUCCUGGGCAAGCAGGCGGAGACGAAGCGCCGCUUGCUGAGGGUCGUCAGCCUUUUACCUGUUGCAAACCGUAUCCCUAAGAACAAGAUGUUAAGGCAGAAAACUGCAGCUAAGUGAAGCUGAGCCAGUUCCAAACACUAUCAGCAGUGUUUGGAACUUGUCGUAAUCACAUAACUUGUUAACCAGCUGAUAUUCUCCUCUGUUCCUUUUAAUGUCUCGAGUCUCAGAUCGAUGAAGCCCUCUGACAGCAGAAACCCCCUCCAAAGAAAAUUGUAGCUUUGAGUAAUGUUGGCAUAUGAGCCUUUUCCAUGUACCCCUUUUAAAAUCUGAGCCCCUGCCCCUCUAAAGGUCUCUGCACGGCCCUGUUGAGGGGACUGUGAGGGAGAGCUUAUGUGUUUAGCACUUAAACCGUAAAAUAAUGAUCAGGGUUUUUAGUUUUUUGAUGUCUUCAAAACUUUAGCAGUUUCUAUGUGAAUCUAAGCCUCAAUAGAAGAUGUUAAAUCACUGAUGGUGAAGGAAACACUACAUCUUGCAUACCUGCGCAGUCACUGGGAAUGCAAAGGAAAUUCCACUGAACGGUGUCUCACUGCUGUGACCUUGACAAUCAGGGUGUUUGUCCUUAUUCUGUAACGUUUUCUACCGACUGCUACAGCGGACGGACACAGCAGAUAGACACAGAUGAUGAUUUCCUGUCUUUUUUUAAACUGUAUUUUUCCUGAAAUGCCUCUAUGUAUAAGUUCUAGCUUUUUUCGUUUUUUGGGGCAGUACCACUUGGAGCACCCGUGCUUGUUGUGUAUCCUCUGCAGAGCUUCUUAAUAAAAAUACU